CACACUGCCAUUGGAGAGUUUCGGGAGGUCGGCGCAAGACACGGGAGAUACCGGAGCCAGGCACCGCCGAGACAGCCCGUCGUCGCGCAGCAGCUCCGAUUCAUGCACAGACCAUUUAGCAGAUUAGUCGAGCUAACGAAGAAGCGAUAAAGCAAAGAGGGUCAAAUGAAUAUAGUACGAAGAAUGGGACCUAACACAGCGUUGAUAUUAAUGACUUUGUUGUCCUGCUGCGUCUGGAGAGAUGUUGAGGGUCUGGCCAUGACCGAGGUGAAUGGACCUGUGGGUGGGGGCCCCCUGGUGUUGGAGCCUCAGAUUGCAGUGUUCUGCGGGCGUCAGCUCCUACACAUGAACACCGAGACGGGCCAGUGGGAACCGGAUCCACAGGGCCGCCAGGGAUGUUUCACGCAGCCCAACAAGAUCCUCUCCUACUGCCAAGAGAUGUACCCGGGUCUGCAGAUCUCCCACGUAGAGGAGGCCUCCGCCCCCGUGACCAUCCCCGCAUGGUGCAAAAAGGGGUGGGGUCACUGCCACACCCGCCCCUUCAUCGUCAUCCCUUACCGCUGUCUGGUUGGAGAGUAUGUGAGUGAGGCCCUUCUGGUUCCAGACCGCUGUCGCUUUCUUCACCAAGAGCGCAUGGACUCCUGUGAGAGCUACGUGUACUGGCACAACAUCGCCAAAGAGGCAUGCACGGCAGACAGUUUGGAGCUGCACAGUUAUGGAAUGCUGCUGCCGUGUGGCGACCGUUUCCGGGGAGUGGAGUAUGUCUGUUGUCCAGGAAGAGGUGGGGCGAGUGGGCGUGGAGAAACAGAGGGUGGGGACCCUGCCCAGGGAGCGACUCCACCCCUAGUGUCCAUGGCUGGGGAGAAAGAGACCACAAGUGUCAAGGUGGCUCCGCCCACUCCCAGCCCCUCCCCCGAAGCUGACGUAGAGGAGGACGACAUGGAGGAAGAAGAGGAGGCCAUAGAGGAGGAAGAGGAGGAGGAGGAGGAGGAGGAGGAGACGAACGAGCCGGAGCAGGCCGAGGCGGCGGCGGAGGAGGAGGAGGAGGAGGAGGAGGAAGAUGACGAAGAAGAGGAGAAGGCAGCGGUGAAAGACCCCGAAGAGUACGAGUAUUCCAUCGACUCUGGUCCCUACCAGGCCUCGGACUACGCUGAAAACUUCUACUACGAGAAGGGCUCGCAGGCCGACAAGGGCCCAACGCAGCAGCCCCAGAGUCGGGGAGACAGCUUGCCAACUCUCCGCCCCACAGAUGGAGUGGAUGUUUAUUUCGAGAUGCCCAGUGACGACAGCGAGCACGCCAACUUCCUCCGGGCCAAGAUGGAUUUAGAGGAGCGGCGGGUGAAACGCAUCAAUGAGAUCAUGAAAGAGUGGGCAGAGGCCGAUAACCAGUCCAAGAACCUGCCCAAAUCAGACCGUCAGGCACUAAAUGAGCAUUUCCAGGCUGUGCUGCAGACUCUGGAGGAACAGGUGGCAGGGGAGAGGCAGCGGUUGGUGGAGACACACCUGGCCCGCGUGGUGGCCACCCUCAACAACAACCGCCGACUGGCGCUCGAGAGCUACCUGACUGCCGUGCAGAGCGACCCCCCACAGCCGGAGCACGUGUUGCAGGCUCUGAAGCGGUACAUGGCUGCAGAGCAGAAGGACCGGAGGCACACGCUGCAUCAUUACCUGCACAUCGAGUCCGUGGACCCCCAGAAGGCCGAGCAGAUGAAGUUCCAGGUGUAUACUCACCUCCAUGUGAUCGAGGAGAGGAUGAACCAGAGUCUGGCCCUGCUCUACAAGGUCCCCACCCUGGCUGAGGAGCUCCACGAUGAGAUCCAGGAGUUGCUAAGGACAGAGCGAGGAGACAUCAGUGAGCUCAUGACCACCUCCUUCUCGGAGACGCGCACCACAGAGGAGCUUAUGCCUGCGGAGAGUGAGGAGGAGAAGGAUGAUGAAGAGGAGGAGGAGAGGGCCUUCCAGAGCCGCCCAUACCCACCCCGCAUAGACCCGCAGCCGAGCAAUAAGAAAAUGUCUGCUGUAGACGAGUAUGAUUACACCACGUCUGAGAGAGGUCCAACCUACGAAUACGAGGAGAAGAUAAACACCUCAGUGGAGCUGAAACAGGUGGUCUACAAGUCUCCGGGAAUCCAGAGAGAUGAGCUACAGCCAGAUGUCCUGGAGACGUUCAACCGCGGCGCGAUGGUGGGCCUCCUGGUAGUCGCCGUGGCUAUCGCCAUGGUGAUGGUCAUCAGUUUGUUGCUGGUGCGCCGCAAGCCAUAUGGCACCAUAAGCCAUGGCAUCGUUGAGGUUGAUCCAAUGCUCACCCCAGAGGAGAGACAGCUCAACAAGAUGCAGAACCACGGCUACGAAAACCCCACCUACAAAUUCUUUGAGCAAAUGAACUAAGGCGAAUGACCACACCCCUACCACUCACGUCCUGUUUACUAGCGGGGGUUUCCAUAGCAACCUUCCCCUCCCUGAUACUGUAUGUACAUUUCCAUGACCAAUGUUCAAAUUGAAAAUCCAACAUGGCACGCCUAUAGGGAGUUUGCACUAAAACGUUACCCAAACACUCUCGAAAACACAGAGAGAAAUUGAAUAAGAAAAACGGGGAGUAUAUAUAUAAGUUUGGUUUCCCCAGAAAUGAUUGACUUUUGUUUUGGGGGAUAAGGAAAAGUGGAAGGUGUGUUUAAAAGGCUCCACAGGCCUGUUCAAACUCAUGCAAUCACACAGAAAGCAGAGCAAGACUGGUAGGUUCAGCGUCCCUCUUUGGCUUUAAAUAUGUGUUUAAAAACAUGUUGGAAAGCACUUUUAUUUUCUCUUUUCCGUUUCCAAAAGGUUUAUUUUGUGCGGAACUGUGAAAUGGAUGAAAUAGUAUAUUUUUUAUUUCUCGGUGUGUGUAUCUGUGAGGGAAAAUAAAUGUAGCCCCGAAACUAAGAAGCCCAUUCACGAAAAUGUAAAUGUUGGUCGGGUGAUUGCGUUCUUAAGAUCUCUUUGUUAAUUCAUAUGGGAGGAAGGAGAUUAGUGGUCAGUUGUUGGGGAACACCUCCCUUGGCCAUCUCUCACACCACUACAUCAACAACACUCAUGUGAAAAGAAUCACGGAAUCGAACGAUUGUUGCAAAUAUACCACAAACCUAACCGAUUAGUGCUAAAGUUCUUUUUAAUUAUUAAAAGAAGAAAGAUUAGAGUAAUGUUCAGUCCAUUAACUUAGAGAAGAGCAUGCUGAAUUUGGUGUAUGAUACUGUAAAUGUACUUGUGUUGUUCUUGUUUUGUUUUUUUUUCAUUCUUUGUCUGGGUUUCUUUGUUUUUCUUUUUUUUUUUUUUGCUUUUGAAUGAAACUAAAAUGUCACAGACAAAUAUGUAUAUAUAACUGAAAAAUAACUACAAUAGACGUUUUUAUCGUUCAUUUCAAUGCGACGUGUGGAAUAUUGAACUUUAAAGAUGACUUUGUGCUGCUCACACAGAGAGAGAAAAACAAUUUCUUAACAUGGCUGAAAGAAAACGGACUGUUUUAUAAACCAGCACAAGACGACAACACAGUAACUUGACUGAAUGUAUCUUUAGGUAGACACCGACUCUAAGAUUUUUAUUUUUUUGACACGUACUACGCGGUCCGCUCAGUAGUCUGUAGUUUAGCUGGACCGGUUAGGCUCUCUUCUCAUACAGUAGUUGAAUGCCAUCGUUAACUGAUAGUCUUUAAUUAAAUGGCGUUGUAAAGGUGGAGCAGUUUAAGUUCCGGUUUGAAGAGUUGCCACUGAAGGACCCAUGAUAGUGUAGCCCUGGUCUUUUGAGGUGUGGCGUUCAAAUUUGUCUCCUAGUUUUCUGUUCGUUGUUAGUCACGUUUCAGUUCUAGCACAAUGGCGAGAUAUUUUGGUAUCUUUGCUGUGAUGACACUGCAUUUAAAAACAAACACAUCACUGAAUGUUAUCCUGCAGCGUAAGGAACAUCUUUGCUCAGAAAUCAUUUUUAGAAAGGAGCAAGAUUAGGAUUUCCUCUCAGAAAAUGACGUUUCUCACAAAUAGCAGUUGUUCAGUCACCAAACCUAACUGACCUUCUGUGGUCUUUCCACCAAAAACAGUGACGGAGCUGAAAAACUGGAGCCAAAAUCAUUUUUACUAUCAACACUUUACUCAACAAGCACUUUUUCAUCAGCUAAACCAUCUUGUAAUAGCUACGUCAUAGGGAAUCGUACAUGAAUUCAGGAUAGUGUCCUGUCUCCCCUCUGUCCUGGAACCAACAAUACCUUGGGCAGAUGUCAGCAGUAGAAAGAGUUAGUGAUUUUCUCUGCAUCGCUGUCAACAGGCUGAUUUGUAUUCGAAAAUCAUACCUUUCUUCAUUGGCUUUACAUAGAGAACAUUCCCAAGUCUUGGCUGCGUUAUGAUAGUUAGAAAGUAGCUCGAGCCUGUGUGUAGACCGUACAGUCCUGUUAGGAUGUGGGGAUGCCAGACGUUCUUGAUAGUACAACAGUUUCAUGCGUAUUCCAAGGAGUAAGACCAUAAUGAGAAUACUCCUGGUCAACUGUCAGUAACACUUCACCUGAAGGAUGCUACUCAAGUCAUAAUGCACAUUUAUAAGGCACGCAUAACAUUUUUGUAAGCUAAAACGAUCUCUUCAUAAAUCCUUAAUAAGACAUUCACAGGGUUAGCUUGUUCUGUGUCACCACAUGGCAUACAUCUGUGUUAUGUAAUAUUUAUAGUGGACUAUGGUAUAUUCUGUCAUCAUAAUUGUCUGCAAAAAGAUUUAUGAAUGUUCAUGCAUCACCUUGGUAGAAUUGUCUUAUGAAUGUGUUUUGAUGGCCUGAUCUAGGAUCCUUUACCUAAAGUGUCGCCCCAAUUUUUAAACCAGCAUUUAGCAGAGUUAGAACAACGUAUUCUAUAGUGAUUGAAUUUCAAUUUGUAUUCUUCCUCUCAUGACAAAAACACUUCCCCCUUCUCCUAACCCAAAUGAAAAUGUAAACAGUGUAACGGAGAUUUAAUCGCUGCAUUAUUGCCUUUUUCAAUGCUGUGUUUUGGAUGUAAUUAUAUGUAUUUUUUAUUUACAAGUCAUUCUCAAUUGGAGAUUGGGUCAUGCUUCUUUGCUCGUUAAAAAUUUGGUGCUGUUUGCAUUGGGCUCUAUACAUAUCAGAAGGAUUUGAUUGAAAUCUUGCUGCAAAAUUAAGUCACUAGUUAACUAGGCUAUGAAACUAAGCACAAUUGCAUCUAAAUUGUUUCAUUCUCAUGGGCUCAUGGUAAUGGUUCACCGAUUUCUCAAGAUCUUUCUCAGCCAUUUCCUUAGGAGCAUCAGUUUCCUGAUUUUCAGAACGCUAAUAGAAAGGAACAAGACUGAGGCAAGAUAAAAUAUACCGAAUGUCUUGUAGGCCACGUUACAAAAUAACAAUCCGAUAAUCCUAAAGAAUAUGGAAUUUUACUUUAAAAUGUUGGUGGACCAGUGUUUUAAAUGGUAUUUUCAAAGACUUCCCCAAUGCUUCAUUUGUGAUUAACAAGAUUAAAUCGAUGCCGAAAGUUUUCCAGUCCUUGGCAAUGUGGUCAAAGAUUCAUUGUAGCUGUAAUCAGAAGGUCUCUCAUUUGCUGUAUUUCUAAUGGAACUAAUUGGGAUGCAUUGUAAGAGCAAGCAAUCUAAGAAGUGGUUUGGCUGAUUGUACUUACAUUAAAAUGUUAAUAAAAUUACAAAUGACCCACAAAA